AUGCUGUACUCCGUCGAGAAAGCUUUUGCGGCUGCCCCCACGGUCAUUCCCGCGUGCCAUCCCAGUUCUCCCAACGUCGCGCUCGGGUGCGCUGGCGCGGUCACCUUCCUCGGCCGCGGGCGCGGACGUCACGGCGUCGACGUCCUCCACGCCGACACACGCUCGACACGCCCCCUGGCUAAGCCUCUGAGCGCGUCCCUUAGGCCUUAG